CUUUCCUUCUGUUGACAGGGCUUCACGCAAUCGCAGUUGAGAAGUCGCUGACAAGUUGCACGCAAUGGCGUCUGAAGCCGAGUUGGCCGCUCUGCACGCGGACCUCACCGCCAAGCAGGCCGAUGUAAAUCGCACGGGCGACGAGGUGCGCGCCAUGAAAGGCGCCCUCAAGGAGAAGAAGGUGGACAAAGCGGAGGUCGACAAAGUGGUGGCAAAGCUGACGGCGCUGAAGUUGGAGCUCAAAGCAGCAGAGGAUGCCUACAAAGCGAAAGCGGGGGUCAGCAAGGACUCGUCCGAGGGCCGGAAGAAGUUCAGGGAGGACGUUUCGAAUGCACUCGAGCGGCGACUAUUCUACAUCCCCGCUUUCAAAAUUUAUGGUGGCAUCGCUGGCUUGUAUGAUUAUGGUCCUCCGGGGUGUGCGGUUAAGGCAAACAUUCUGCAGUUCUGGCGGCAGCACUAUGUUAUGGAGGAGAAUAUGUUGGAGGUUGAGUGUCCGUGCGUCACACCGGAGGUGGUGCUCAAGGCGAGCGGGCAUGUGGAGAAGUUUACGGACCUGAUGGUCAAGGACGUCAAGACCUCGGCGUGCUACCGGGCGGACCACCUGCUGAAGGACGCCGUCGAAGACUUGCUCGAGAAGAACCCAACCUUCGCCCCCGACGUCGUUCUUGAGCACAAGAACGUCCUGGCCCGUGUGGACGAGUUCUCCGCUGACGAGCUCGGCGCCCUGCUAACAAAGUACAAGAUUGUGGCCCCAGAAACCAAGAACGAACUGUCCAAGCCUUACCCCUUCAACCUCAUGUUUGCCACCUCCAUCGGACCCACGGGCACUAUGCAAGGCUUCCUCCGGCCCGAGACUGCCCAGGGCAUCUUCGUCAACUUCCGGGACCUGCUGUACUACAACGGCAACAAGCUGCCGUUCGCCGCUGCGCAGAUUGGUCAGGCUUUCCGAAACGAGAUUGCUCCCCGACAGGGCCUCCUGCGGGUGCGCGAGUUUACGUUAGCGGAAAUCGAGCACUUUGUCGACCCCGAAGACAAGAGCCACCCCAAGUUCAAGCACGUCAAGGACCUCGAGUUCCUGCUGUAUCCUCGGGCGGAGCAACUAGGCGCGGAGAAGAAACCGGUGCUGACCAAGAUCGGGGACGCGGUUGCGCAGGGCAUCGUGAACAACGAGACGCUGGGCUACUUCAUCGCGCGCACGUACCUGUUCCUAACGAAGUUGGGCAUUGACAAGACGCGGCUGCGGUUCCGGCAGCAUCUAGCGUCCGAGAUGGCGCACUACGCGCAGGACUGCUGGGACGCGGAGAUUGAGUGCAGCUACGGCUGGAUCGAGUGCGUCGGGCUCGCGGACCGGGCAGCGUACGACCUGAAACAGCAUUCGGAGGAGAGCAAGCAGCCGCUGAUUGCUUUCAAGCGGUACGACAAGCCGCGCGAGGUGGAGCACGUGGUGGUGGCGCCUGACAGCAAGGUGCUGGGCAAGAUGCUCAAGAAGGACAACAAGGUCGUCAAGGAGGCGCUCGAGGCGAUGUCAGAGGAGGAGGCUCUCGCUAUGCAGGCCAAGUUGGAGAAGGACGGCGAAGCCCCGCUUACCAUCUGCACAACGAACCAGACGUUUACGAUCACCCGCGACAUGGUGAAGAUUGCAAAGGAGAAGCGCACGGAGAGCGGCAAGAACAUCACGCCGUCCGUGAUCGAGCCGUCGUUCGGCGUCGGGCGCAUCAUCUACUGCCUCUUCGAGCACUCCUACUAUGCGCGGGAAGGCGAUGAGCAGCGGACCGUCUUCAAGUUCACGCCUCUCGUGGCGCCCAUCAAGGUGACUGUGUUCCCGCUAGUGUCAAACGCCAAGCUGGACGAGGAGGGUUACCAAAUCUCGCAGGCGAUGACUGCCUCCGGUGUUGCGAACAAGAUCGACACGACCGCCAUUUCCAUCGGCAAGCGGUACGCCCGGACGGACGAGAUCGGCGUGCCGUUCGCCAUCACCGUCGAUUUCGAAACCCUUCAGGGCGGCACUGUGACGUUGCGGGAACGGGAAACCACGGAACAAGUGCGCAUCGGGACGAAACAGGUUGUGGGCGUCGUUCGGAGUCUUGCCGACGGUGUGGUUGCGUGGUCGGACGUUGUGGCGCAAUAUCCAAAGGUCGAAGCCAAAGAGGAAAAGUAGAGCCGGCGCGACUGUGCAGCUGCCGUUACUGACUCUGGCUGACCCGACGUCCUUGAGUUUGGAAAUGCGGAAUGGUCGAGUCGGACUCGGUCCUUUGUCUUAGUGCAUCCGCUUUGCACCCCAGAAACGCGUGCUACUUCGAUUUCGUUGCAAAUCAUCAGCUAAUCAUGCUGGUCUGGAUCAGUCUUCAUACGUCUGCGCUUGAUUGGUCACUACGAUCUGACAUUCGCCAAUGCAUGCUUUAACGGUCCCCCGCACGACCAUAACAUGGGGA